UUGACAAGACUGCGCGUGAACAAAACAGGACGAUGAGCGUACAAUAUGGCGCUUGACGGAGACAAUUUUGUGUAUAUAACAGUUAUGUGUUCUUUAUCAGUACGUACACAAAUAUAUCGUUUGACAGCGUAAACGUUGUUAAUAUUUGUUUGUGUCCGGAUACAUUAGCCUGAGCGCACGUUGCUGCUUUACGCGCUAGCUCAACUUGCUAGUUAGCUUAGCUUGUUAGCUGCUAACAAAGUGAGGCGGAAGUCAUCAACACGUCGCUAAGCAGAGAUCAGAUGUGAGUGUAAAGUGUUGUGAUUGUGUGAAAAUGUGCGAUAGAACGAUAGCAGAGUACGAGGGGGAACUUUCUCCAACAAAAGAGAAGGAGCGACAACAUCAACUAUGGAGGCUGUUUUCAAGAAUGAUCAAGUUGUGUUACACAGAACAGAUGUCCAGCAGUCCCCCCGUGUAAAAGAGGAAGAAGCGGCGACACAACAUCCCCACAUUAAAGAGGAAGAGGAGGAUAUCUGGAUCACUCAGGAGGGAGAGUGUCUUCUAGGGCAGGAGGAGGCAGAGUCCUCAGAGCUUCAUCACAGUCCAAAUGUCUGUGAGGAACAUCUUCUCCCUGAGUGGCAGGAGUGGACCUCCAGAGUGGAGCAGAAGUCACAGCCUCACUCUAAAGAAGAAGAUGAGGGAGAUCUAGAAGAGUUCCCAUUAAAUAUUGUCGUUGUAAAGAUUGAAAAUGAUGAGGUCGAAUGUGAAAGUGAGGAGAAGAGAGAGGCGGAGCCUCCAAGCAGCAGCUCAACUCAACACAUAACAACAGAAGACCACUGUGGAGGAUCACAAACAGACAAGCUCUUAGCUCCACUGUCAGAUAGUGACGACGCAACGUCACACUCUCCUGACACUGAUGAUGAAGACUCUAUAUCUGACGUCCAACAGCGGACUGGACAACAAGCAUGUCUCCCUCAGCCGCACAGGAGAACCUCCAAUUUGAGACAGGAGGAGCUACAGCUCCCUCACUUUAAAGCGGAAGGGGAGGAGCCACAGCCCCUUUGUAUUAAAGAGGAAGAGGAGGAACUACAGCCCCCAUGCGUUAAAGAGGAAGAGAAGGAACCACUCACUGAUGUUAAAGAGGAAGCGGAGGAGCCACAGCCCCCUCACAUUAAAAAGGAAGAGGAGAGAAACUGGAUCACUGAGAAGGGAGAGUGUCUUCUAGGGCAGGAGGAGGCUGAUCUCACUAAGUUUCCACUGACUGUGAAGACUGAAGACAAACCCCAUGAGUCCUCACAGCUUCAUCACAGUCAGAACAUCCAACAGCUGAUUGGUCGUCAGGAGGAUCCACAGCCCCCCCACAUUAAAGAGGAAGAGGAGGAACUCUGGAUUACUCAGGAAGGAGAGUGUCUUCUAGGGCAGGAGGAGGCUGAUCUCACCAAGUUUCCACUGACUGUUGUCUCUGUGAAGACUGAAGACCAUGAAGAGAAACCACCUGAGUCCUCACAGCUUCAUCACAGUCCAAGUGAGGAGAACAAAGCUGUGGAACGUCCAAGCAGAAGCUCACCAAAACACAUGACAACAGAAGCUGAUGGAGACCACUGUAGUGGAUUACGAGCAGACAACCUCUUAGCUCCACUGUCAGAUAGUGACGAGACGUCUCACGAUAAUGUAAAUAAGCAAUUACACACGAGAACACACGCGGGAGAAAAACUUUUCAGUUGUUCAGUUUGUACAAAUGUUUUUUUCCAAAGCUGUGAUUUUACUCGACACAUGAGAACGCACACAGGAGAAAAACCUUUCAGAUGUUCAGUUUGCGCUAAAAGAUUCUCCAUCAAAAGUAAUAUGCAAAAACACAUGAGGACGCACACCGGAGAAAAACCUUUCAUAUGUUCCGUUUGCAGUAAAACCUUCUCUAUUAAAAGCAAUAUGCAAACGCACAUGAGAACACACACAGGAGAAAAACCUUUCAGAUGUUCAGUUUGCAGUAAAAGAUUCUUUGACAAACAAAAAAUGCAAAUACACAUGAGAAAACACACGGGAGAAAAACCUUUCAGUUGUUCGGUGUGCGGUAAAAGAUUCUCCAGCAAAAGUAACAUGAAAACACACACGAGAACACACACUGGAGAAAAACAUUUCAGUUGUUCAGUUUGCAAUAAAAGAUUCCCUAACACACGUAAUAUGCAAAUACACAUGAGAACGCACACGGUAGAAAAACCUAUCUAUUGUUCAGUCUGCAGUAAAGGAUUUUCUGUCAAAAGCAAAAUGCAAAUACACAUGAGAAAACACACAGGAGAGAAGCCUUACAGUUGUUUGGUGUGCAGUAAAACAUUCUCGAACAAAAGUAACAUGAAAACACACAUGCGAACACACACAGGAGAAAAACCCUAUCGUUGUUCUAUUUGUGCAAAAGGUUAUGCUCGGAACUGUGGUUUGACUCGACACUUGCAAACACAUACAGAAGAAAAGCCUAUCUUUCACGUGCUUAAACGUCAGCAAAACACAGGUGGAAAGACGUCACAUUAAAGCGCACAGGAGGUAAACCUCUCAGUUGUUCAGUGUGAUGAAAUAUUCUCUGUCAUAUACAAAUAAGCCUCUGGUGAGGGCGGUCGCAUUUUUUUCCGCUCCCUUCUUCUCCCUGCUUGCUCUCUUUGUUUUGUCUUGUCUACACUUUUUUAAAGCCUCUUUCCUUGCGCUGUCCUCCAAAUCUAAACAUCAGACAUGGAAACGAUCAGCUGGACUCUUGACUCAAUUGACACAAUUCUGGGGUUCUGGGGAGCCUGGCUGCCCUGAUGGAACCAUUGCUGCAGGGUACGUGAGAGAUUUCUGGGAUAAAUGGAGAAUCAUGUGCCUCUCAGUCCUUUCCAUUGAGGACGUGGAAGACAUCUACCUAUUUGGAACCGUGAUCGCGGGGCACCUGCUAAUUGGGCUGGACACUGCUCUGGUGUAUCGUUAAAUUCGUAAGACGAUGGCAGACACUCAAGGAGCCCAAAGGCUGUUGGUCGAAAUGGAAGGUUUGGGCCGGGCUAUGGGAUCACAAUCGCAAGAUGGAUCACAUCAUGGAAAAGCUGGUUGAAAGGGAAAGAUUGGAUAUGAGAGCCAGCAUGGACGAAUAGAACAGACAAGCCAUUGAUAAUGUCUGCUCGCAGAAAAACAAAAAUCCUAAUUUACGAUUUGACUCCCUCGAAUGAUCUUGACGCUGCAACAACAGGAGCAGGCUGUUCUGAAAACAUCCCCCGAGGACCCCUCAAUGAUGGACGCUUUUGACCUCCCUCCCUCCUCAACGACACCUCGAGUCGAACUUUUGCUUGCAUGCAGAACGGCCCCAGGCCUAUGGACACUACAUCAACACACCCAAGACAAUGAGCAUAUACACCCCACGCCUUCACCACCGCUUGAUUCCCCUUCAGGGUGAUGGACGGCGAGCAGCGCUUCAUAGCAGCAGUCGACCUCCAGGGGCCCCAACCCCAAUCAAAUUAGACAAACUGUUAGGAUCAUUUGAAUUAAUCAGUAUACUCAGUAAUAUGAUUGAUGUGUUUUAAUGUUUAAUGAGUAAAAAUCAUGAACUGUGUCGAUACUAUUAGUCAUGAUCAGUGUGUACUAUAAUCUUCUGCAGUCACAAGGAGUCGGAAUGUGUAACUGACCUUGCAUUGAGCCUGCUUGUCUAAAGUCACUCAUUGUUGUAAUGUUGUGGAACCAUACUAUUUUCGGUUUUCCUUUAUUUACUGUAUUCAUUUUAACCAUCUUUUUAAACCUUUUUUUAGUACUAUAAAGUUUUUGGACUCCAGUAAAAUACGAUGAUGACCAACUUAUGUAACAAUAAAUUAGAAUACUUGUUUUG